UGGAUGAAGCAGCAGAUCUGAGGGAGUGACAGAAAAAGAAAGAGGGAGGGAAAAGAGGAGAAUAGAGAGACAGCAGGACCAAACUUGCUGCCUUCUUUGAGUCCAGUGCUCUCUCCCUCCUUUCUCCCAGUGACUCCAGGCUGAGACCAACAGAAAGGAUGCUGUGCCUCAGCUCCCUGUCCACCCUCUUCCUCCUGCUUCUCCUCUGCCCCGCUCCACUCUCGGCCCAGGAGGUGCUCGUACGCCUCGCAGGCGUGGGCCGGCGCAGUGCAAACGAGGGACGCGUGGAGGUGUUCUAUAAUGGAGCGUGGGGGACCGUGUGCGAUGACGAGGUAGAUCUAAAUCUAGCCAACGUGGUGUGCCAGCAGCUGGGCUACCAGCGCAGCUUUACCUGGGCGCACAGUGCCAAGUUUGGUGAGGGACAAGGUCUGAUCUGGUUGGACAAUGUGCGCUGCAAGGGCUCAGAGCUCUCUAUUGCAGAAUGUCGUUCCAACGGGUGGGGGAUCAAUGACUGCACCCACGCAGAGGACCUGGGGGUCAUUUGCAGCCCUAAGAGGAGACCUGGCUUUCCCCCUGUCUCCUUGGAGGAGGCCCCCUCCUCCUCUAGGAACCAGCCCAACCAACCAAGACAGAGAAACCCACCUCCAGCGCCAGCGCAGUCUGCGUACCCCCCAGCUCCACCCGCAACCCCAGCUGACCUCUCCUCUUCUUCAAGAGGCCAUGAGAUUGCCCUUUAUCGUAACCCAAUAUCUUCCCAUCGCAGCAUCAUCUCGCCACAGGAAAAUGGCCACGAGAUCCAGAUUUUGCGACGAAAUCGAGCGGGCUCCAGAGUAAGCCAGCCGGUGAAUCCAGCUUCGCCGCAAGGGCACGAGCUUCCUUCACGACUGGCCAACGGUGCGUCCUACAGGCAGAGACAGGAGAUGUCCAGGACCAAUUCACAAGCAGUAAGAAGGGAGGCAGAGGGGCAGGUGAACAGGCAGACAGAGCCACAGAGGAGUGACAGGGAUCAGCAGCUCAGUGGGAACCAUGUUGAGCCUGACCCAGUUUAUCCAGAGGUUGAUGCACAUUACACACAGGGAUCUGAGAGGGUUCACCUAGAGGAGGCCCGUCUGCGCCCCGUGCUCUCCGGCAACAAUGGCGGUCUGGUGACAGAGGGAGUGCUGGAAGUGAAGCAUGCGGGGAGGUGGCGUCACGUGUGUGAGCGGGGAUGGGACCUGAGCAGCAGCCGUGUUGUCUGCGGCAUGUUAGGCUUCCCUGCCGCAGAGGCAUUCGACCAAGUCAGCUACAGGAAACUGUGGGACUCGAAGAUAGCUGAUCCAUCCUCCAGAUUUAGGACACAGAUUAGUAAAAAGGGCUACUGGGUGGAGAAGGUGCAGUGUCAGGGUUUGGAGGCCUCUCUGUCCCAGUGCCAGGCCCAGCUGUCCCUCCCCAGGAAUGACGUCCCAUGCAUGGGGGGCAUGCAUGCUGUGGUCCGCUGUACCCCCGGAUACCAGUUCGCACGCUAUGGAAGAGCACCUGCACCACCUGCCGUGUCGCCUGUGGUCCGGCUGAAGGCGGGGCCCCGUCUUGGGGAGGGUCGCGUCGAGUUGCUGCGCGAGGGCAAGUGGGGCACUGUGUGUGACCACCUGUGGGACGUGCCUGCAGCCAGCGUGGUCUGCAGAGAGCUGGGCUUCGGGACAGCCAAGGAGGCCCUCACUAAGGCUCAACUGGGACAGGGUACCGGCCCCAUCCACAUGAACAGCGUCCAGUGCACAGGCAGGGAGAAGUCCAUUACCGAGUGCACCUUCAGUCUGGUGCCACUUUACAGCUGCAAACACAACCGGGACGUAGCAAUCCGCUGCAAUGUGCCCAAAACUGGCUUGCAGACCACGGUGCGUCUGGCGGGAGGCAGGGAGCCGGCCGAGGGCCGGGUGGAGGUGCUGAUGGAGGUCGGAGGAGUGAAGCGUUGGGGCUCUGUCUGCAGUGAGAACUGGGGCAUCAAUGAGGCCAUGGCGGUCUGUCGCCAGCUCGGCCUAGGCUUUGCCUCAACAGCUCAUCAGGAAACCUGGUACUGGCCUGGUUCUUCAGAUGCUGGUGAGGUGGUGCUGAGCGGGACUCACUGCAGUGGCACCGAGAUGUCUCUUCAGCAGUGUCGCAGAAACACGCACGUCUACUGUCCCAGAGGAGGAGAUGGCAGAGCCGCAGGAGUGACGUGUGUGGAGACCGCUCCCGACCUUGUCCUGGACGCCCAGCUCGUCCAAGAGACAGCCUACCUGGAGGAUCGGCCCCUCCACCUGCUGACCUGCGCCAACGAGGAGAACUGCCUGUCCUCCUCCGCCGCCAGGAUGAACUGGCCCUACGGACACCGCCGCCUGCUGCGCUUCUCCUCCCGCAUCAUGAACCUGGGUUGCGCUGACUUCAGGCCCCGGGCCACCAGAGAAAGCUGGACUUGGCACCAGUGCCACAGGCACUACCACAGCAUUGAGGUGUUCACCCACUACGAUCUGCUCACCCUCAACGGGACCAAGGUGGCUGAAGGCCACAAAGCCAGCUUCUGCCUGGAGGACACCUACUGCCCCGAAGGUCUCCAUAAGCGGUAUGCCUGCUAUAACAUGGGACAGCAGGGUAUCUCAGUCGGCUGCUGGGACACAUACCGCCACGACAUCGACUGCCAGUGGAUCGACAUCACAGACGUACGACCUGGGGAAUACAUCUUCCAGGUGGAGGUGAACCCUUCUUUAGACAUGGCGGAGUCUGAUUUCCAGAACAAUAUAAUGCGCUGCCGGUGCAAGUACGACGGAGCCCGGGUUUACAUGUCUGGAUGCCAUGCAGGUGAUGCCUACAGUGCAGAGGUGGAGGACUUGUUUGACCACCAGCGUCACAUUUCCAACAACUUCCUGUGAAUAAAAAGAACACCCAGAUAUUAAGGACAGAACAACUGUACAACUUCUCACAACACCUCAACAUGUCAGGGGAAGCAGGGUUAAUGACAAUGACACGCCAGUAAAUAGAAAGAUGAGGGUCAGAGGGGGGAGGGACAGGGGACUGGGAUGGUAUGGGAGGGACGUCAGGCAAAAAAAAAAAGACUUAUUAGCAUCCUGAGACUGAAGAAAGAGAAAUGUUGGAAGAGGAAGACCAAACCAGGCCGUCGCAAGCAUCAUGCCACCAUGAUCAAACAUAGAGUAGUAUACAAUUUUACAAAAACCUUUUUUCAAUAAAUUGAAUUCCCUUGAUCAAAACCUAACCACAGUUAACAACAGUAAUGAUUUGAAGGCACUCGAGUACAACACCGCCUUUACUCGUACAGUACAUCGCCGGGCUGUUGUCCGUAUGCUAUCAACACAGGUAACAGACGCCUCCUGUGCGUUCACUCUUCUCACUACAAUAUGCAGUAUUUGCUGUCACAACUGUGUGGGUUUUUUUGGUUUUGAAUGAGAAUUUUUUUUUUUUUCAUGGUGCUAUUUUGCCUUGUUUGAAUAAAUUUUGUAAUGUAUUGCAAAUGUAUUGUCAUGUACAGUUUUAUAUUACCUCUCUGGAAUAUUGUUCUUUAGGUCUCUAAUUUAUGCAGAAUUUUAAUGUACUUUUGAGUUGAAACGUGUCCCUGUGUGGCUGUCUUUUUUUAAUGUUAAUUUUAUUAUGAUACAUAUUUUCAUUUUUGUUGGUUCUUCACAUGUUUAACACCGGGCGGAAUCGGAUGAGAUCUGGUCGUAGCAUGGCAUCGGGCCUUUAACGUUACUUGGUAAUGGUAGAGAAGGAAUAAAUGUCAGACUGACAAACUGUAUAUUUAUUUGAGAGGCACCGUUAUUUGUCUGCAGAAUUUUUAUAAUGCAGAAUACAAAUAAUAGUUAAUGCUACAGUUAAAGAUUUGGAGAAUCUGCUAACUAAAAAAGAUUCCCAUAUUUAACUGUGUAGUAAAGAUAAAUAACGCAACUUGGUUCCCCCUGAACAUUAGUUCAGGCAGAUUUUUUUUCUUGUGAAGUUAUAUUUUUGGGGUAUUUUUUAGCUUUUCUCAUAGGACAGUGAGUGUAGAGUCGUGAAAGGGGGACAGAGUGUGGAGAAGAGUCGACACACAGCAAAGGGCCGCAAGGGGGAACUGAACUUGACCCGCUGCAGGUAAGCUACCAGGCUCUGGUAGUUAAGACAGUGAAAGUCUCAGUGAGAGCACAGCAGUAUUAUGGUGACCCCCCCAGCAGAUGGAAAAAAUUAUCUAGUUACUGAUUUCUCAUCUUUUCCCAGGGAGUUUGAGCUUAACUGUCUUUUACAGUUGUUUCCAACCUCUUUGCCAUCGAUGAAAUACAAACACUAGAACAAAGCUCCCUGCUGUCAUGUUACAUAUGCUACACUUUAAAUAUGUGACUUUACUUCCGUCUCAAUUUUUCUGUUUAUGAGUUGGAAUAUAAUUUCAUUGUUAUAUAUAAGUAAUAUGAGAUAUCCACAUUUAAUGAGUAAAUAAAGGAAGUGACAAACA